AUGACUGGAGAUCCACUUUUGAAACGGCAUAUCGGUGAUCUAGGCAACAUUGAAACAAAUGUUUAUGGUACAGCCUAUAUUGGAUUAGUUGAUCGAGUCAUUUCGGUUGGAUUCAAUAAUAUAACAAAUAUUAUUGGUUUACCUCUCAUGAUUCAUAGUUUGACUGAUGACGGCGGUCAUACUGGUAAAGGUGAAAGUAACACGACGGGAAAUGCCGGUCCUCGCAUAGCAUGUGGAACAGUACUUCCUGGUUGA